AGCGGGCACGUUUAGCAUCCAUUUCCAGUAGAACAAAAAAAAAGAGUGCAACAGGGAAAUAGUUCCCCAUUAUUUCAAAAACAAACGUUAUAAGCUUGGUGCCGAGAGGGAUGGAUCCUCUUGAACACAUGCUGACAGACCCUCUGGAGCCUAAAGAGGAAGACGAAAGACAAAUCACAGAGGAAUGUUUGCUUGGGAACUGUAAGGUGGACCUCCCAGAGGAUCUGCUGGAGGAUCCUGACAUUUUUUUCUCUGUGCUGAGUGAAAACACCUGGGAUGAAGUGCUGACAGACUCCCAGAGACAACAUCUUCAACAGUUUCUGCCACAGUUUCCUGACAACAACACAGAGGAGCAGGAUCGCACCAUCAGGGAGUUGUUCAACAACACCAACUUUAACUUUGGAAAUCCACUCCAUCUUGCACAGAGGCUGUUCAGAGAUGGUUACUUCAAUCCAGAGGUGGUCAAGUACAGACAGUUGUGUGCCAAAUCCCAAAGGAAGCGCCAGCUGCAUUCCCUUCAGCAGUAUUACCACAGACUCUUGAAGCAGAUUCUUGUUUCCAGAAAGGAGCUGCUCGACUUUGCAGUUCAGAACGGUCUGGACUUUCCGCCCAAACGGCGGCUGCCAAACAGGACUCAGGCUGAAACACGCGAGUCGAGAGUGAGAAGAAGACUGAGCCGCAUCCUGAAGGAGGUCAAAGCUGAGUGUGAGGACAGCAAUGCUUCCUCUGAUGAUGAAGACACGUCAGUGUGGAAUCCAGCCCCUCAGUCUCCUUCCUCUCCCACUCCUACCGUCUCACUCAGAGUUCUUCCUAGCCUCUCUACACCAGACAUGAAGAUUACAGAGAAAAUAGAAUUGGGGGAAAUGGAUUUAAAGGUCAUGCUGCAUCACCAUCGUGAGAAAAGGAAACGCCAGCCAGAUCAUCCAGACUUGAUAACCUCUGACAUCCACCUUGGGGACGUUCUCUCAAGAGCAAACAUUGGUCGGAAGGGAGCUUUGCCACUUUUUGAUCUGUUGCUUCCCAAGAAGAAGAUGAGAGACGAGAGAAAGAAAAAGAGACUCAAGGCAAUAAAAGUGGAAUCUGAGGAUCCUUGUGAAAUUCUGACUCCUUCAGACUCCUGCUCAGUCCCGCCAGUGAAUAUCAUCAACUCUUUGCCAGAGGCGCCUUCCACACCUCUCGCCAACAUCAAGGAGGAAAUUGUGGAGGAAGCUCAAAGCAGCCCUGUUGGAGUUGAGGAAAUAACCGCCAGUUUCUUCAGCUUGUUGGAAAACAUCUUCAGAGCAGAGGGUCCUGCCAGUACCUUGACGUUGGAGGAAAAGGUUCAGACUUGGCAGUCCUCUCCAGCCAGUUCGCUCAACACCUGGUUUUCAUCUGCCUCAUGCUGGUCAGAUCUAGUUCUUCAAGCUCUGCAGUUUCUUGCAGGAGAGACUAAAGAUGGCAUGAUGGCGCUCCCGAGUGGCUUUUCUCCGUUUGUGGAGUUUGUUGAUGAAUUUCAGCAGUGGAGAUGGAUCGGUCCCACCCAGGACACAGAAAAGGACCUCAGUGCGCUCUGUCAACUCUGGCUGGACUCCAAAGACUUUGUUGUCAAAACAGAAAACGAAGACCUGUUGGAGCUUACAUCCUCCACUCCCAAACUUUCAACCGAUUAUGUGGUGCGGCCGAGCACUGGAGAUGAGAAACAGGUGUUUCAAGUUCAGGAGCAGCAGAGAUAUAACCAGCCUCACAAAGCCUUUACCUUCAGGAUGCACGGCUUCGAGUCCGUGGUGGGGCCAGUUAAAGGCGUGUUUGAUAAGGAAAUGUCCUUAAACAAAGCCAGAGAACACACACUGCUUCGCUCGGACCGUCCACCAUACGUCACCAUCCUCUCUCUGGUUCGGGAUGCAGCUGCCCGGUUACCCAAUGGAGAGGGAACAAGGGCGGAAAUCUGUGAACUUUUAAAAGAUUCGCAGUUCCUUGCUCCAGAUGUCACAAGUGCACAAGUGAACACAGUUGUCAGCGGGGCUCUGGACAGACUUCACUAUGAGAAGGAUCCCUGUGUGAAGUACGACAUCGGCCGCAAACUGUGGAUUUACCUGCACCGCCACCGCAGUCAGGAAGAGUUCGAGAGGAUCCAUCAGGCUCAAGCUGCGGCUGCAAAAGCAAGAAAAGCUCAGCAGCAAAAACCCAAACCAGCAUCGAAACCGAAGUCUGGAAGUAAAGACGGAAGCAGCAAAACACCCGGAUCUCUGGAGGGCGGACUAGACCUGGGCUGUAAUUCUAUGUCCCCAGUCCCAACGACUCCCACCCCAAACACUCCCGGGACCCCCAAAUCACCUCUGCCUCUCUCUGCUACCACACCAACAAAGACCGGAGUUCCAGACACGCUCAAAACCAGCCCAGGAGUUCUCCUCGUCUCUCCUCCGUCGCUGCCUCAGCUGGGAACGAUCCUACCCACGAGUCAGGCUUGUCCGCCGGCCUCCCAGCCGGUGACUUCCCAGCAGGCAGCUCGGAUAGUGAGCCACCUGGCGGCGGGCUCCCUCCCGCAGGUCCGGGUCGUUUCCGCUCAGCCCGGCGGUCUGGGUCCAUCGGCGGCCGCUCAGCAGGCCACUCUGGUGCAUCAGACUUCACACCAGAUCCGGAUGCCUGUAUCCGUGGCAGCCAAGGGCAUUUCACAGGCUGUUGUUUCUGUGCCUCUAAGAAGUCCGUCUGGUAGCAGUCCUGUCCAGGUUCCAACCAGCCUCUCUGUGUCGGCUCUUAAUGUGACCAAGCCUCAGGCCGGAUCGCCAGGUAGCCCCGCUAACAACCCCACUCCUCCGGCUGUGCUGCAAGGUGUCACGUCCCCGAACAUCAAACAGGUUUCCAUUACUGGGCAGCUGGGAAUGAAGACUCCAGGUGGAGGAGGAAUUCCAAUAACUGCAACAAACUUGCGUAUCCAGGGUAAAGACGUCCUCCGCCUCCCCCCGUCCUCCAUCACCACCGACGCCAAAGGCCAAACGGUGCUGCGGAUAACCCCGGACAUGAUGGCCACUCUUGCCAAAUCUCCGGUCGCGACUGUAAAGCUCACCUCUGACUUCCUGGGCGGUGCCGCCGCCGGCAGCAAGAGCAUAUCGGCCACGCUGCAUGUAGCGCCGCCUCACCCUUCACCGUCGCCUGCCUCCGCUACCCCACCCAGCACCACGGAGGCGCAGACGGGCAAGUCGGGCUCCGUCGCCUCCACCUUGCUGAAGACUGGAGGAGACACAGCCAUAAGGCUGAUGCCGACUUUGGCCGUCAGCGUGGCCGACCAAAAGUCCAGGACCUUCUCCACCGUGGCGUCCCCAGACAAGAGCAGCGCAACCAUCCGCAUAAUGCCUGGCCUUGGGGUCAUUCCCCAGAAGCAGGGUCAGACCAUCACCAUGACAACCGCCUGUGGCAGCAAACCUCUAGCAGCGUCUACAUGUGGCAACAUUGUGACCAUGGCAGCCAGCGUCGUGGCCGGAGCUAAAGGCAUCACCGUGGCUCCCGCAGCCUCCGGUUCGCCGCUGUCAUUGGGAGCGGCUACGGCGACUGUGAGACAAGUCCCUGCUUCGGUUGUUACGACACAAACGGGAAAGCUACCUGCACGGAUCACUGUCCACUCCGUCCUCAACCAACCCCUGAAGAGCAAGAGUGUGGUGACGACUCCGAUAGUCAAAGGGAACCUCAAUACAAAUAUCAGCAGCCUGGGCAGGAACAUCAUCCUGACCACGGUGCCUGCAGGCACAAAGCUAAUAGCUGGGAACAAGCCGGUCAGUUUCGUCACCGCACAACAAUUCCAGCAGCUUCAGCAGCAAGGCCAGGCAACACAGGUUCGGAUCCAAACGGUCCCGACUCAGCAGCUCCAGCACGUGGCAGCCGGUUCCCCCAAACCCGUUUCAACAGUGGUUGUCACGACAGCACCAUCACCUAAAUGUACACCCGAUCCUCCACCUGCUCCUCAGCAAUGACCUGACCAGCGAUACGCGUUACUGUGAGGGUUGACAUGUUUUCUGUUUGAGAGUGUUGACAUAUUUAAGGUAUUUUCUGAAAUGUUUUCUCCUUUACGAUCUCCACGCUGUUAGUGUAAAUUAUUUGGAAGCAGAGUGAUUAAAACGAUGGACCCUUUGAUUUCCAGACACUUGCUGUUGAAUGAGUUUGUCAUUUGAAAAUUUUAUAAAUCGGAUGUGGCUGGAUUUAUUUGAAUGUUGUGAUUUGUGUUCCCUUACAAGAUGGUGUAUUUAAAAACGGGUCAUAAUGUUUCCUGGUUUCCCGUUUCUUUUUUUGAAAUCUUUUUUCCUAAAGAACAAAUAAACCACAGUAAUAUC